AUGAAUAACAAUAGUAAUAAUAACGAUGGUAAUAAAGACACUCCCGUUCAAAAACCUAUACUAGUUAGAAUUGACAACUUGCCCCCGGGUAAAUCCUGGAAAGAAGUUCGUUAUCUGAUCGGGGGAAUUGUUCAUCAUUCAAAUGUAAUCCAAGUGAAAAUGCUACCGUUGAUGUCCUCAAUAGUACCCCCUUUUGUUCCGUUUCAAAGUUGUAUCGUGACUUUGAAACCACAACUAGAUCCUGAAUCGUUGAGUGAAUUACUAGUUAAUUUGAACACUUAUCAGUGGCAUUACUACAACUUAUACGCUUAUACAUUACCCCCACUAGAUGCAAUGCAACAGUUUAUGCCCAUGCUUGAUCAGACAACAGCAAUACCACCAAGUGGUAACAAGUUGACCCAUGAUGAAGUUAGCAUCAGCCCGAGCUCGUUAAACGACCACACAGAACUAAAGACGCCAAAUGGUACACCUUCACUCUUAUACCCAACGCCAAUUCCAGCGCCUGCACCGCCACCGAUCGCACCAGCGGGACCUGCAACACCUGCUAUGAUUUCGUUACCGCCAGGACCGGGAUCAGGACCGGGACCAAUGUCGCCGUUUGGUACGUUGAAUGGCGGCAUUCCUGCAAUGGCUCCACAACUCCCAUUUAUGGGGAUGGGACCGGGACCGCCAAGACGCCAGUAUUAUCAACCGAACAUGUACGGAUCAGGCAAAUUCGGCGGCGCUUCUGGCGGGUUGUCGUCUACAUCCAGUGGCAGAAACAGUCAUAGAAACAGUAGCGGUGGUGAAAAUAUCGGUGCCGAUAAUAAGCCUCCUGCCCCUGACAGGUACAUGGCGGCGGCAGCAGCAGCAACCUCUGCAACCACUCAAGGCCUGAACGAUUCUUCUCGCGGGAAUAUUACAAAUAGCAACUCUAAAAGGUUAAAACAGAUCUUUAACGAAAGGACCUUUAGGAAGCAGAUGACAGGCAGGAAAAUGUCACAAUUGCAGAUUUCAGGUUUCCCACCGUUUAUCAAGUUAGACUCCUGGGAACCAAUACAGCCGGAAAAUUAUAGAUCAUUGGGCGAAAAAGGGGUUCAACUGAUAGAGACGGAUCAGCCGGAAAAAUACGGCAGGUUAAGAUGGACAAUCUUGAAGGAUUAUGUCAAAUUGAAAUGCCCUCGAUUGUUGAGUUUGCAAGAGGAGGAUUCAUCUGUGGAAAAUAACACGAGAGAAUUUUAUGUGGGUGUUUAUGAGGACCAUGAGGAGCCCAUUGGUAUCAAGAUUGCCCCCAAUGAGCAAGAAUCGCCAGAAUAUGGCUUAAGUUCAGCUACCGUAUACAAGGCCAUCGUGGGGUUUAACAAUAGCGAGCUUUGCGACUCCUGCAUGGAUGCUCUACGCGAUCAAGAAUAUUCAUUGGGGUACAAAUUGGAGAUCAAGGCAUUACCACCGUACGAGGAGGAACAGCAACGUACGUAG